AGCUCCUCUCUUUAAACUGCUGACGGUCAAAAAAAGUUUUCGCUGUGUGUGGAUCGGUGAUAAAAACACAGCGCUGUACAGGCAUAAUUAGCAGGAAUUUUCCGUCCUGCUUGCCUGCUUUUCGGAACAGAACUUGUACGUGACGCUUCACGGAGGUGACCACGAUGGGAUUCUUCGUGACGCAGCAAGUGAUUCGGUACGCCCGUCCUAUUUGCUUCCAGCUUUCGGUGCGCUAUUUUUCGGUAUCUGACCAGCAGCAUACUCGCCUGGCAGAGGUGGGUAAACUUGAGCUUCCCAAAGCACAGGGAAAAUACGAAACCGGACAGCUUUUUCUCCAUCGUGUGUUUGGUUAUCGCGGGGUAAUACUUUUCCCCUGGCUAGCUCGGGUGUAUGACCGUGAUUUACCGGCUCAAAAUAAAGUAGCAGGGCAAAAUGAUACCUCAACGGCAGCAGCAGCUGCUGCAGUGUCAUCCGGAGCAGAUACAGCGACCCCACCCAAUACAAGCAAGGAGGUACAGAAGAAGACCCACACUUUCUACCAGGUGCUUAUUGAUCAGCGCGAUUGUCCGUACAUUCGAGCUCAAACAGAGGCGGUUACCUUCCUAGGUAAUCAAGAGUCGAGUCGAAGCUUGUACGCAAUUCCAGGAUUGGACUAUGUGGCUCACGAGGAUAUUCUACCGUACAGCUCGGGUGACCAACAUCCGCUGCAGCACGAACUGUUUGACAAAUUUUUGGCGCAUCAACCGGACAAGGAACCACCCUUCAGUGCGCAAGAUACUUUGCGUGCAUGGCAGAGAAAAAAUCAUCCCUGGCUGGAACUAUCCGAUGUGCACAAAGAAACCACCGAAGGUAUUCGCGUUACCGUGAUUCCUUUCUAUAUGGGUUGCCGUGAAACACCAGCCGCCUCUGUCUAUUGGUGGCGUUACAGUAUCCGUUUGGAAAAUCUGGGCGAAUUAAGCGUGCAACUGCGUGAACGACAUUGGAGGAUUUUCUCGCUAUCCGGUACCUUGGAAACCGUUCGUGGCCGCGGUGUGGUUGGACAGGAACCUGUGCUAAGUCCGCGACUACCGGCGUUCCAGUAUAGCUCACAUGUGAGCCUGCAGGCACCGAGUGGGCACAUGUGGGGUACGUUCCGAAUGGAGCGCGAAGAUGGUCACAUGUUUGACUGUCGUAUACCGCCCUUUUCCCUUGAGAGUAAACCCGACGAUAGCGGUAAUACUUCAGAUGACUCCACCACAAAUCUAGGUGGUUCCAGCCCGUCAAGCCCGACCACGCCAGGAGGCGGUACUGGCGCUGGCAACGGAGGAAGUACUUCUGGAUCUAGGGGUCCGGGAUCAAACUGAUAAAAAAGCAACAGUCGCUGUCAUGUGAAAGGUAAGCAACAACAUAUUUAAACAAUAUUUAUUCAAUAUCUUGUGGGAUCAUCGAACCCUUUUAAACGAUUUUAAACAAGAAUCUAAAAAUUGUGUCAAAACAAACAUGAUGUAAAUAUGAAAUUGUUCCGAAACAUGAAACAUGAAGAAUGAUGAGAAAAUAAAGCAACCAUCACGGUCAAUUAACA